AUGGUUUCGAUCAGCCACGCCAUCAAACCGUCUUUGCGAUCCCUCGCAAACCUCGAUUCGGGUGCAUUUAUCGACCUUGAGAAUGAGGCAAGCAAGCUCCCGCAGUUCGACCCCAAGACAUGCCCUGACGGGCUUAUUGACCUCUCGGGGGCAAGCAAUAGUCUCAUGGAUGAUGUUCUGGGCGAGGAGAUGAGCGAGUUCGUUAAAGACUAUGACUUUCACAAAGCCACUCAGUAUGGAGGUGUGAUGGGACCGAGAGAGCUGUUAGAAGCCGUCAGCAACUUCUUCAAUCGCCAUUUCGAGCCUGUUCGGCCUGUUGAUGCGGAUGAAAUUUUGAUCACUAAUGGUGUUACUUCGCUCAUCGACUUGAUGGCUUUCGGCAUGUGUGAUCCAGGAGAGGGAAUCAUGAUCAUAACCCCGACUUAUAUGAUGUUUCCUCACGAUGUUUGCGCAAGGACCGGCGUUCGUCUUAUCCAGGUUGACCUUGAUAACAUUGAUGACCAGUUUACGGCCCAAUCUGCUCCCGAGCUUAUCAGAUCCCUAUCCAAAGCAUACAUCUGCGCCCAGAAGGAUGGCAUCAUCCCUAAAGCGCUCCUUCUUUGCAACCCAAGCAACCCCUGCGGACGAACGUACCCACGCAGAAUUCUCUACGAGAUUGCGAGGUUUUGCGGUCAGCGGAAGAUGCACCUUCUGUCUGAUGAAAUCUAUGCCAUGUCGACUUUUACUUCGUCAUCCGAAUCCAGCGAGGCACUCGACACCUUCACUUCCGUACUCAGCAUCCGGGACGAUCCGGAAAACGGGGUGUUCACGGAGAACAUCCACUGCAUGUACGGUGCCAGCAAGGACUUUGGCUGCGGUGGCUUGCGGCUUGGCUUCCUCGUUACACGCAAUAAACUCCUCUGGCGUUCUGUGAGGCGGCUCGCCCUAUUUACAUGGGUUUCGAGUUUCUCAACAGCCUUCUUUACGCAGUUCUUGCAGAACGAGAAGGCAGUCAAUCGUUAUCUGAGCACAUAUCAAGAAAGGCUUGGAGAACAGUAUGCGUCUACUGAGUGCCUUCUGAGGACGAACAAUAUCCCAUUUGAUCCGGCGAAUAGCGGGAUUUUUGUUUUUAUCAGGCUGACGAAAUGGCUGGACUAUUUUGAAGUUUCAGAUAAGGAUACGAGUAGUCAGGAGAUGAAGCUUUGCAGGUAUCUUUUGCAUAAAGCUGGUGUAUUUGUCAGUCCUGGGGAGCUCUCUCUAUCGCCCGUCCCGGGUUGCUUCAGACUCGUUUAUACUGGCAAUCCAGAAUGGGUAUCUCUUGCUAUCCUCCGAUUGAGGAAAGCGUUGGACGGUCUGGAGCACAGCCUGGGACCAGCAACCGCUGAACACUACUUAGAGGAGCAAAGGCCCGUACACGCCGUCACGUAUUCCUCCUCACCCGGAACUUAUGUUCUCACCGGCUCAGCAGACCGGAAUAUCAGACUCUACAACCCAGCAAGCCAGGACGCGAUCCCCCGCUACGGGUCCAACCUCACCAACAAGUCACAGCCCAAAGUCGCAGAAGGCCGCCUCAUUCAGACCUACGCCGCGCACGGCUAUGAGGUCCUCGAUCUCUCUGUCGCCGCUGACAACGAGCGCUUCGCUUCCUGCGGCGGCGACCGUGCCGUCUUCCUCUGGGACGUCGCUUCCGCUACUACUAUUCGUCGCUUCGGCGGCAAUGUCCACGGGCACACCUCCCGCAUCAAUUGUGUCUCAUUCGCGGGUGACGGGGACUCUCUUGUCGUCUCUGCAGGCUUUGAUACCAGCGUGCGAAUCUGGGAUUGCAAGUCCAACUCAAUGAAACCCAUACAAGUCCUUGACGAAGCCAAGGAUUCUGUUACGGCACUCGUAGUUAGAGAUGCAGAGAUUGUAGCGGGAAGCGUCGAUGGGAGAGUGAGAAGUUAUGAUGUGCGAAUGGGACGGUGCAUUACUGACGUAAUGGGUGCAAGCGUUACCAGCCUCAGACUCACACGCGAUGGUAAGGCGAUGCUGGUGGGGUCACUGGAUAGCAAGAUACGGUUGAUGGACCGGGAGAAUGGGACCUGCCUCAAGACUUAUGCGGAUGAUGGCUGGAGGAAUCAGGAGCUCCGAGUGCAGUCUAUCCUUGGCGGCAAAGAAAAGUACGUGAUUGCUGGCGACGAGCUGACAGCAGGUACGGGACCAGCGGGGUUGAAUGGUGAAGGCAAGAUUUGGGCGUGGGACUUGUUGACCGGGAAGCUGGUUGCUACCGUCCGGGUGCCCUGGGGACCGGAGGGCUACGAGCCGAAGAAGAGGAUAUUAGGGAAGGAUGGCAAGGAAAAGGAGAGGAGCAAUGUUAUCAGCUGCAUGGCCUGGCGCGAUGACGGUUGGGGGGACCAGUUUUGCGUAGGUGGCACAUCAGGAGUUGCUACAGUAUUUGGCUCUCUAUAG